AUGUUGGACACCUUCUUGACUCGUAGUCUCGGCAUCGAGAUCCCUGUCGUCCAGGGUGGAAUGAUGUAAGUCGACAGUUUCGUGCAGGCCCGUCAUCUCGGAGCUAGCCCGUUUGAUGCGGUGCCCAGCCCGCGUCCGCCCGUGUGCUGACCGUCUUUGCCUCCCCCAUUUGUUCGGGAUGACUUCUUCGCACGCUCCUCUUCCUCCCCGCACCAAAAUCAAAACAGGUGGGUCGGCCUCCCCAAGCUCGUCGCGGCCGUAUCCAACGCCGGUGGCCUCGGCAUCCUCACCGGUCUCACCCCCGGAUCUCCCGCCAAACUACGCGAGUCGAUCCGCGAGGUCCGUCGAUUGACCAACAAGCCUUUCGCGGUCAACUUGACGUUCCUGCCUUCGAUUUCACCCCCACCUUAUGAGGAGUACGCUCAAGUCGUUAUCGAUGAGGGGGUGAAGGUGGUGGAGACGGCUGGUGGACCGGCGGCGGGUCCGAUUAUCAAAGUGAGUUUUCACUCGGGGCACACGUUUUUUGUCGUUUCGGGAGCGCCCCGGGAGGGAGUAGCUGAUGAGGCCUGCGUGUCCAACAGAUGUACAAGAAGGCGGGCAUCUUUGUCAUCCACAAGUGCACGUCGAUCCGUCAUGCCAAGUCGGCGGUCAAGCUCAGCGUCGACUGCCUUUCGAUCGUAGGUCCACACGAAUCUUCCUCGCCCAGCCUGAUGAGACUUGCGAAUGCUAAAAUCUCAAACUGCUUACUCCCUACAGGACGGAUUCGAAUGCGCCGGUCACCCCGGAGAGGACGACACCCCCGGCUUGAUCCUCCUCGCGCUCGCAGCCAAGAAGCUCGACAUCCCUUACCUCGCUUCGGGGGGUAUCGCCGAUGGACGAGGUUUGGCCGCUGCCAUCACCCUCGGUGCUUGCGGUGUCAACUGUGGCACCUUGUUCAUGGCUACAGAGGAGUCUUACAUCGUGCGUCCAAGGAGUUACCGGGUACGACGGCCUGAUUCUGACCCUUUUCGUUUUCGUGACCCCCUCGCGCGCGCAGCACGACAACAUCAAGAACGCGAUCGUCAAAGCGACCGAACGCGACACGACGCACAUCUUCCGUACGCUCAAUAACACGGCUCGCGUGUACAAGAACAAGAUCGCGGUCGAGGUCGUCACCAAAGAACGUCAACCGGGUGGCGUCCAAUUCCCAGAGAUCGCGCCUUUGGUUUCUGGGGCGAGGGGUCGAACGGUGUAUGAGAAUGGGGAUAUCGAUGCCGGGGUAUGGUCCGCUUCGCCUGUGAUGGGCUUGAUCGACGAUGUUCCUAGUUGUGAGGUAUUGCUCAAGAGGAUGGAGAAGGAUGCCGAGGAGAUUCUGUUGAUGGGGGCCAAGACGGUCGUGAAGAAGACGGAGCAACGUCAGAGCAAGUUGUGA